UCACAAGAUAAAGCGCGCGUUCGUUCGUUUCAUCUCGAAUCGAACUCGACGAGAAUAAUCGAAUUCGACUCGACCUGAACUUGGCGUGAGUACCCGCACAUCCCGUCGCGCGAUCCGCGGCGCGAUGAGGCGCGGGUGCGGGUGCUAUCAGUCGCCAUCUUAGCGACCGCAAUCGGUUUGUUCUUCGUCUCCUCUGAGGAUUAGUCGAGGUUCUCGUCGUAUGUUCGGCGCGACUGUGCGCAUCGUCGUCACGGUAGGCAGCUAGCCCCCCGUCGUCGAUAGUCAGCGCGGUGCACCGGGAAGCGAGCGGGGCUUGCCAACGGUGGUGGCAGCGGUGACGAUUUGCCGGUGCACGAACGGCCGGCGGCGCGGUGCGACGACGACGGUGGCGGUGGUGAAGGUGGUGGCAGCGGAGCAGCAGCGCGUCGAAGGUGGGCGGCGGUACGACGCGUCGAGCGUUUCUCGUUCCUCUCCUUUCCCCGACCCCGGCUUUAAAGCCCAGCUACAGCUCCGGCUCUAGCUCCUGCUCUAGCUCCGACUCUAGCUUCUGUCCCCGGUAUCCCGAUCGCUGCUCGCUUCGGCCCGCGCGAGACUCCGCGAGAAUCCGUGACGUGUAGCUUGUAGCGCGUGACAAUUCGGCUGUGCUGCGUGAAGUGCAGAAACUCCAAGGCUUCCGUCGAGCCUAAAAUUCGGAAGCGGGAUAAAAACGCGUGAAGGAAAGAGAGACGUAAAGAAAGGACGUUUCCUCGUGGUAGCUAGAUCGGCGAUCGUCUUUGGGGGAAUAGGAAGAUGAGCUGCCAACGUAACGCCGGCAAGAUCACGGUGCCGGACGACCUGCGCGACGUCCUGCUGGAGUUCACAAUCAGCUAUCUGCUGGAGCAGCCCGGCGAUAUCAUCGACUAUGCUGUGGACUUUUUCACGCGGCUACGUGACGCACGGCGUACGCAGCUUAUCCAUACGGACGGACAUCAAACCUGUUCGUCCACGCCGGAUGAGUCUAGCAUAAAAAAUAGGGAUGCCCACCAGUCGGCCGAUUUGCUUCCAGAAGGAAGAGCAAAAAACGUUUUCGCGGAGACUUAUAAUCCCGAGGAUGACGAGGAGGAUGACGGCUUCAAGAUGGUCCAUCCAAAGAGCGACGAGCAGCGACAAAGGCUCGGUGAAAGCGUUAAGAACAUACUCCUAUUUCGCGCUCUAGACGAAGAACAAAUGGCGGACGUACUGGACGCAAUGUUCGAAAAAAUCGUUCAACCGGGAGAAUUUAUUAUCCGGCAGGGCGACGAUGGUGACAACUUUUAUGUGAUCGAGAGAGGAAAGUUCGAGGUGUACGUCAAAGACCUCGCCACAACAACAGAGAAUCAUAUUCACACUUACGACAAUCGUGGUGCUUUCGGAGAAUUGGCUCUUCUGUACAAUAUGCCUAGAGCAGCCACUGUCAAAGCUAUUACGUCUGGCACGCUCUGGGCCAUGGAUAGGCAAACUUUCCGACGUAUUCUUCUUAAAUCAGCUUACAAAAAGCGCAAAAUGUAUGAGAAUCUUAUUAAUAAAGUGCCGAUGUUAAAGUCUCUGGAGGCUUACGAGCGGAUGAAUUUAGCGGAUGCCCUUGUACCGAAACAGUAUUCCGAUGGCGAGCAAAUAAUCAGGCAGGGCGACACCGCAGAUGGAAUGUACUUCGUCGAGGAUGGCGUAGUCAGAAUCACUAGACUCGGCGAACACGGUCGUGAAAUUGAGAUUAAUCGUGUUCCGGCUGGCGGUUAUUUAGGCGAGCUGGCACUCGUGACGCAUAAACCACGCGCCGCUUCGGCCUACGCUGUGGGAGACAUCAAACUGGCAUUUUUGGACGUCGAAGCUUUCGAACGUUUACUUGGUCCAUGUAUGGAACUUAUGAAACGUAAUAUCGACGAUUACGAAGAACAACUAGUCAAAAUUUUUGGCAGCAAAACCAACAUCUCUGACAUUCGAUGAACUGUUUCUGGGCAGAGCCACGUCGCCAUACUGCUGUACUAAAGGACGCGACACUUUCGUACAGCAUAUAAUAUAUAACAAGCACAAAAGAACUUGUACCACCUACUUCUGAAUCUCAUCCCGCGUGUUUCGGGUAUCAUUUCGGAGUCAACUGUUUCGUAUGACUGUUCACCUAGACGUAUACCGAGUAAGAUUCGUCGAUAAUAGUUACCAAGUUUAUACCUACGACACACAUUGAACAAAGCUGUAGGCUGCUCGAUUAUAUGCGCGUGUUUAACGUAACAACACGGUAUUAAUGACUAUUCUCUAAGACUGUAUUGGAUCAAAAAGAGAGUAUUAGUGCAUUCUGUUAUGCUCGAUCGUUUGCGAAAUAAAUAUCUUUAUUUAUUAUUGCCCCAGUGAAAGACCACAAUAUAACAUUUUGAGGUCUAGGACAUACAAGCAUUAUUAUAGUAUUUAACUUAUCCCCGGAAUGACUCAAGUUUAUCUCAGUGUAUUCAAUCUAUAUGCUCACACACACACACACACACACACACACACACACACACACACACACACACACACAAUUCGUGUAUACUCUCGUGCAUUAUCCAUUUUUAAACAGAUCAGCGGCUACAUUUAUAAGACAGAAGUCUAGAAUAUUCGAAAUCGAAUGCUCUUCUAACACUACUCUCUGGCAAAAAAAGAUAGAUUACAAGAGAAAUGACCACAUUAGUAAUUGAAUAUUGACAUAAAUCUUUUGCAAGGUUUCUAUGAAAUACCUAUAUAUAUGCAUAUCACUCUUGGAGAUAAUGAAAGUAACAUUGCCAUUUUUAAUGAAAACAAACAGAAUUGUACAAUAUUCUUUGAUACAUCCAUUUAACAAUGUUACAUGUAAUAUCUUGAUAAAAUAUCAAAUCAGACAAUCAAGAUUUUGUCUAUGAUUCGCGAUAAGUAGUAAAUAUGCAUUUCGCGAAUAAAUAUGCACAUAUACAUACACAAAUAUGCAUCAUACGCACAUAGUGGAAGUAAUUUUUUAAUUUAUAAUGUUAUUUUACAUAAUUAUUUACGAUUAAAUUAGUACAU